AUGAAUACCAAUGAUGCAACAACACCUCUCUUGUCAACACCGCAGGCGGUCGAGCAAGACGUCCAAACUUAUGCCAGCAUAGAGAGUGCAGAAACACAACGAGUCGAUGAGAAUGGCGACAUUGUAAAAACGGUGCAAGUGGAGACGACAACGACAUGGCGACUAUGGCGUAGCAACUCUUAUAUUCGAUCACUUGGCAUGUUGAUUAUCUUGUUUAUUGUCUUUACUGGACUUGAAUUGGCUUUGCUCAAGCUCAAUUUACCGGCAGUGAGCCCUGAAGACCAGGAUGCUCUGAAACUUCCAAAAAGCCUUGAAGAUCUACGACGUCUCAAUGCCAUCUUAUCAGCUUAUAUCGACCAACAUUUCAUGAAUGUCUAUGUCACCUAUUUUGUCACCUAUAUCUAUCUCCAAAGCUUUUCAGUACCAGGAUCCAUGUGGUUAUCUAUCCUUGGUGGUGCAUUGUUCAACUUCUGGCUUACGUUGUUUACGGUUUCAUUGUGUUCGGCAAUUGGCUCUACCGUGGCCUAUGCGAUUUCGGCUAGUCUUGGAUCUGUAGCUGUGGUACGCUUGAUUGGUGAUAGGAUUGCCAAAUGGAAUGAACAGCUCGUGAACCAUAAACAACACAUGCUAAACUACAUGAUCGUUUUACGUGUGGCUCCGCUUCCUCCCAAUUGGGUUAUCAAUCUUGGUGCACCCCAUCUAGGCGUGCCUUUGGGUGCUUUCUUCUGGGGAACGUUUGUUGGUGUGGCCCCUCCAUCUUUUAUCCACGUGCAAGCAGGUGCAGCUCUUGAUAGACUUUCAUCAUCCGACGAACUUCAACUCGUGACCCCUACCAACGUGCUUUGUCUCAUUGGUGUUGCUAUCGCUGCCCUUAUUCCCGUAUUUAUCAGAAGAUACUACAAGAUUUAA